AUGGCCAUGCUUCAAAAUUCCAUUCCCAGUUCACGUUUCCCAUCAAUCUUCAUCACCACGAAUUCAGCAAUCAUCUAUAAACAUACACAGUUGUCUUUGCCAGAUUGUCAAGUGAUAGAUAUGGAAUCGAGAUUGUUCGAAGCAGUUCGUGUCGGAGACGUAUCCGCGUUCCACUCGUUACUCAAGGAAGAUCCGUUUCUGCUCGAUCGGGUCGCCUUGAACUCCGUCUGCAACCCUCUGCAUGUUUCCGCUUUAUCGGGACAAGUGGAGGUCACAAAGGAAGUAUUGAUCAGGAAGCCGGAAUUCGCUCGGGAGAUAGACGAGAACGGUUUGGUCCGUUGCAUGUUGCCUCAGCACGGGCACAUUGAAAUAGUAAGAGAGCUUGUGAGAGUUGGAUAUGAUAUAUGCCUUCAGAAGGGAGCAUAUGGUAAGGUUCCGCUUCAUUGCGCGGCAUUGAAAGGGCGGGUCGAAGUUGUUAAGGAACUGGUGCACGCUUGUCCCGAGUCGAUUAAACAAGUGACUGUUCGGGGCGAGACCGUACUCCAGUUGGCUGUAACAAGCAACCAGAUAGAUGUUGCGAGGGUAUUGAUCGAGGAGACGAAGAGAUUGCAGAUGAUGGAGGUUUUGAAUUGGGAAGACAUAGAUGGGAACACCGUAUUACAUCAGGCAACCUUCAACAGACAGCACGAGCAAGUCGGAACCAUGAAAGCCCGAGAAAUAUCAACCAACCCUACUUAUAUCCCAUCUCAAACCGCAACGCAGUGUGAUCUUCGUGUUCAUGGAACCUAUGGAAGGAGCUAA